ACCACGUAGAAAUUAAAGACGGGGAUCUGAUUCUGAGUCACAGGUCUCUGUCGGCUGCGUGGCGUCCAGAGAGGUUGAAGAAAUGUUCCCUCCAUCAUCUUUACACUGAGCUCCGUGGUCACACUACACCUGACAGGUGGAGAUGGAGGGACUGCGGAUGGAGCAGCCAGGCUGCGUCUCCGCUCUGCACAGACACCAGAAGAGCUGCGGGGCUGCAAAUGAAUCCUAAUAAAAUGAGGAGCUGCCGGAUACUUUCUCCUUCUUUCGCCGUCCUGCGGAGGCUCCCUGACCCCGGAUGCCGCGGAUUUAUCUGCUACUUUUCCAUCACAUGAUUUUUUUGAAUUAUGUUUAGGUGUUAUAAGGCGUCAUCAGGCCUAUACCUGAACCACAAACCUCCUCACCUCCUCAGAGCAAACUGUUUUACCGUCCCACUGCUGCCAGGUGUAAGUGAGACCUCAAGUCAACCUAAGUGUUAAAUACAUGACUAAUUACACACCUACUUAUGAAAAUUGAACGCUAGUGUUAUGCUAAUACGCCUUCCUCCUGAUGGAGCAUUAGGAGCUUUAAUCAAAAAAGCUUUAAUCAAGGUGUCCAGCCGACACAGCAGCUCUAACGAGGAUGGGAGCGUCAUUUAACUUCAUUAGAAGGAUGCAAAACAGCAGCUUUUAAUACUAAUAUCACGUCUACAAAUAAUAAUAAUAUAAUAAUCAUAAUAAUAAUAUGGUGAAUCUUGACAUGUCAAAAGGAAAUCUGGGGUUUUGUGGUUUUCCUCGAGUUUAUCAGGUUCUUCGGACCCAGCCCCAGCGUCACCAAUCGGCUUCCCUCUUGGAGAGAGUGGACCAAUCAGCGACAGUCUUUGAUGAAUAUUCAUGAGUCCGAGAUUCAAACCUUUGAGCGAGUUUGUCUUGGUCCACAGCAUCAUUCCUAGGACUUUUCACGGGCACAAACUGCAUUUUCUUAUGAAUGGAAAGAGAAAAAAUCAGUUCGGCUUAAAUUGGGACCCAUCCUUCACUGAGAUCAUAGAAGGAAAACAACAAAAGAGAGACAAGGGGAACCGCCAGAAGAGAUGACAAUGACUACGAUUCCAGAAAGUCUUAAUAGCCCUGCCUCAGGAAAAACCGUUUUCAUGGAGUUUGGACCCACGAGUCAACAAAUGUCGCCUUCCUCCAUGUCUCACGGACACUAUCCCAUGCACUGUUUACAUUCUGCAGGUCAUACACAGCACGACAGCUACAGCCCAGCCUCGUCGUUCCCCAGAUCUUUGGGUUAUCCAUACGUAAACUCGGUCGGCAGCCAUUCCACCAGUCCAUAUCUCAGUACAGUACAGACGUACCAAAACAGCUCGGGACUCACGCAGACGCGGUUAGAGGACGCAGCGGCGCCAGAAACGGAGAAAAACACAGUGGUCGAAGGCGGAGAGGUGCGAUUCAACGGCAAAGGGAAAAAGAUCAGAAAACCAAGGACUAUAUAUUCGAGUUUACAGCUUCAAGCCCUGAACAGGAGGUUUCAGCAAACCCAAUAUUUGGCGUUACCGGAGAGAGCAGAGCUGGCAGCGUCGCUGGGUCUCACUCAGACACAGGUAAAAAUUUGGUUUCAGAAUAAGCGGUCCAAAUUCAAGAAGCUCAUGAAGCAGGGAGGCGGCACUAUCGACGCCAACGCUUUAGCCACUGGCCGUGGACUUUCUAGCGGCUCUCCGUCGGUGGCACCUGUCUGGACCUCACCGACCACCGUGAAGACUUCAGUGGGCACGACCGGAUCUUACAUUCCCAGCUACACCUCAUGGUAUCCAACCACACACCAAGAGUCUAUGCAACAGUCACAGCUCAUGUGAACAGAGACCUCAGUAUCAGGAUAGCGAAAGGCCCUACAGCCGCCGAGCGCGGCGCAGCAUUGAUAAUGCACAACAACAAUCCCGGAGUUUGCUGCCGCAUCUUGCCAGCGGACACAGAGGCCUCCUCAUAUCGGAUGACGGCGAGCAGAGAAGAAGAAGAAAGAUAGAAAGAAAGAUAGAAAAGAAGAAGAAAAAGAAGGGAGCUGAAAAGGCACACAAUGCGCCCAAGGGCAACAAGUCUGUGACGGCGGAAAUCGUAGACAAAAGGAUCUUUUUUUGGCUGCUGUUGAUCACUUUUCUGUCAAUUUCUUUUUUUUUUUUUCUUUUUUUUUUUUUUUUUUUUUUUUUUUUUUGAAGUCACAUUUGUGUGACGAUUCUGUUGUUGAGCUGUAGGCUACAUGUUUAUUACACGUGUUUGUUUACACCGGUCCCAAGGUGAUAAUGACCUAAAAUCAAUCUGCAUCCAUUUGACAGUCAAAGGCCAAUUAGGCCACAGCAGCGUUUCUUUAACCAAAUAAUAAACCAUAAAUUCCACCGGUAACCAUCAGGCCAUCGCAGCACAUUUCAACCACAGAGCAUACUGUGCAAAGCCUCAAGUUGCUACUAUGUUGUUUAUAUGUGUUUGUUAUUUAAGUUAAAUUAUUCAGGCUUGUUCUUCUGUUAAGGUCUGUCUGUGUUCAUUUUUUGUAAGCGUGUUUGAAAUAACAACACUGUGUUGUUAAUGCUGCACUAACGCAAGCAAAGCUUUUCUAUGCCGUGCCCCGAUGUUAUGUGAAAAAUGUAAAAGGCCUGACGAUUUGCUGCUCAAGAAAAAAAAAAUAUCCGGAGGGUGAGCAGCUCAUUUGUCACUGUAUUUUGUACAUAAUUUUCAGAUUGGUUUUUGUGCUGUACUGGAUACGCUGUGAAACAGGGUUUAUAGGCUUUGUGUAUUCGUCGAAAUGUGUUUAGUCAACAUAGAAAAUAUUUAGUUUUGUAUUGAUCACUUUAAUUUAUUGAUCUGUUUCUGAAGUUUAUGUACAUACUGUGCAAAGUUUCAAAAGCAGUAAAAUAUGAUUUAAAUUA